CUCUCUCUCUCUCUGUGCCUUGGAGUUUUUUGGAUCCUACGUAUCCAAUUUCUGGAUCUUCUUUGAAGAACCAUUGGAUUUUUCCAAGACUGAAACACUUGGGAUUCAUAAAAGUAUGGCUUCGCUCUUGUUCUCGAGUUUCAGAAAGGUACUUCUGGUUUAUCUUGUGUUUUUUCUGUUUACUUCUGUCCUCUGUGCAUCCUCAGAUGGUUCUCAGCUUGAAAGAAAACAGUUUCUUGGUAGAAGAAGAAUGUUAGAGGUGGAAAACGAUCAAGAUCAGCUUCCCAAGAAAAAAGGUACUAAUUUAUCUUCCAAGAAUCAAACCAAGGUAAUCAAACCAAAUCUUGCUUCAAAAAACCAAAAUAAGCUCCUUAGGACUAGCUUAUCCUCCAAGAACCAGACCAAGAUUACAAAAUCUACAAAUUCAACAAAAGCAGCUCUUUCUAUCUUACCCAAGACUGAGCUUAAGAAGCUCAAUUCCACUUCCCAGCUGAAGAAGCUCAAUUUCUCAUCAAAAGCUUCUGCCUCUACUAAAAAAACUUCAGAUCUACUCAAAUUAGGCUCAACCAAGAACAAAACAUCAAAAUCCAUUUCAACGAAAGGAUCCCAAAUCCUUGUGAGUGAUUCUGAAUCCCAAAAACAAACCACAGAGAAAAAACCAAAUAACCAGAAGAAGACCACCCAGGCACAGAAACAACCCAGUUGGCUAGAUCAAGAAGUGGAGGAUAACUUGGUCGCUGAGUUCAGAGAUCUACCAUCCAAAUUUCAACAAUCUCUCAUGCCAGACAUUGAGAAGAUCUCAAUGACGUCCAAAAAAUACCUCACAAAAGCAAACAAAGAAAUGGCUAAAGGGUUCAAGCCAAUAGUUGGCAACAGAUAUGCGUCCACCGUUGCUUCUGUAGUCUCUUUCGCUUUCAUUCUAAUCCCUCUUCUUCUAGUUUCUCUAAUCUUCAACCGCAUCAAAGCUUAUUUCUCUAUUCAAAAGAUCGUCAUCUUCAUUCAAGUUUAUCUUUCAAUCUACUUCUCCAUUCUCUGUCUCUCUUCCAUAGUCACUGGGCUGGAGCCCUUGAGGUUUUUCUACGCUACUUCGCAAUCCACAUACGUAUGUUUAAUGGUCCUGCAAACGCUUGGCUAUGUUUUGUACCUCUUGUUGUUGUUGAUGUACUUGAUUCUGGUGUUUUCAACUGAAUCUGGGCUGGGCUCAAAAUUGCUGGGUCUGGGCCAGAUCUUCGUAGGCUUAGCUGUUGGGCUUCAUUUCUACGUAGCAGUGUUCCACAGGGUGGUCUUGCACCAGCCGCCCAAGGCUACUUGGAAGGUUCAUGGGAUUUACGCCACGUGUUUUCUUGUGAUUUGCUUAUUUGCUAAAUUUGACAGAAGAAAGAAGGCCUACUUGGAGGAUGGUGGUGAAGAGGGCAAAAAGAAUUAGUGCAUAAUUUUUUUUAUUUAUUUUUAAAGAAAUGUAAUAAAUUAUAAAUCCCUCUCUCUUUUUAUUUUUAUUUUUGUUUGCCUUCCGUGGGUUUACUAUAAUGCCAUUGGCGAAGGAACAAUGGUGUUAUUAUAGAAUAGAAAAUUUUUUCUAUAUUAAAUUUCAUAUAA